GUAAAUCCUUAUGCAACCAAUUUAUCUCAUUAAAAUGGCGUAAACAUAAGUAUUUGAUAAAGAAAUAGUAUUUUACGACAACCAACAUCGAUUCUAUGAGAAAUCCACAUGGUGACAAAAUGGAAAGAAAAAGUACAGCGAAACUAACGGAACUGUUAGAAAUACAAAAGAGAGUUCAAGCGAGAUGGAAUGAAGAAAAGAUAUUUGAGGCUGAUGCACCAACCCCAGGAACACCUGAGGCCAAACAGGAGAAAUAUUUGGUGACAUUUCCAUAUCCUUACAUGAAUGGAAGACUUCAUUUAGGUCAUACAUUUUCUCUUUCAAAAUGUGAGUUUGCGGUAGGAUUCCAGAGACUGAUGGGUAAAAACUGUUUGUUUCCAUUUGGUUUACAUUGUACAGGCAUGCCAAUCAAAGCAUGUUCUGAUAAACUAAAGAGAGAAAUGGAGACGUUUGGUUUCCCGCCAGUAUUUCCUGUAGAAGAGGAAGUAACAGAAGUAGUAAAGAAAGAUGUUGAGUCCGUCAUUGCUGAUAAAUCGAAAAGAAAAAAGGGUAAAGUUUUGGCUAAAACAGGAGGGUUAAAAUAUCAGUGGAUGAUAAUGAAGGCUCUAGGAUUAUCAGAUGAUGAAAUCACUGAAUUUGCUGAUCCCAUGCAUUGGUUGAAGUAUUUUCCACCUCAUGCUAUCAAUGAUUUGACUGGGAUGGGAAUAAAGGUGGAUUGGAGAAGAUCGUUUAUAACAACUGACGCUAACCCUUAUUAUGAUUCAUUUGUACGAUGGCAGUUCAACCAUCUUAAAGCUCGUGACAAGAUCAAGUUUGGUAAACGAUAUACAAUUUUUUCUCCUAAAGAUGGGCAGCCCUGUAUGGACCAUGACAGAUCUUCAGGAGAGGGUGUUGGACCACAAGAAUAUACUUUAAUUAAACUACGAGUAUUGGAACCUUUACCUCCCAAAUUAAAAUCGUUGAGUAAGAAGAAGAUUUAUUUGGUGGCUGCUACAUUACGACCAGAAACUAUGUUUGGUCAGACGAAUUGUUGGGUUCGACCCGAUAUGAGAUAUGUUGCGGUGGAUGUUGUUAAAGAUGAGGUGUUCGUCUGUACAGCCAGAUCGGCACGUAACAUGAGUUAUCAGGGGUUUACGAAAAAUAACGGUCAAGUUGAUAUCUUAGUGGAGCUGAUAGGACAGGAUAUACUUGGUAUCAAACUAUCUGGUCCAUUAACAUCCUAUAAAGUCAUCUAUACAUUACCCAUGUUAACUAUUAAAGAAGAUAAAGGUACUGGAGUAGUAACCAGCGUACCGUCCGAUGCUCCCGAUGAUUUCGCAGCUUUACGAGAUCUGAAGAAAAAAGAGGCUUUGAGAGAGAAAUAUGGUAUUAAAGAUGAAAUGGUUUUACCUUUUGAACCAGUACCUAUUAUAGAUGUACCAGAAUUUGGAACUCUAUCAGCAGUAACAGCUUGUGAAAACUUGAAGAUACAGAGUCAGAAUGAUAGAGAUAAAUUACAGGAAGCUAAAGAAAUGGUCUAUAUGAAAGGUUUUUAUGAAGGGGUAUUAGUAGUAAAGGGUUGUGUAUAUUUAUAUAGGUAUUAG